AUGGAUUCACCAACGACUGGAGACUGGAAGCCAGCGGGAGAUCCAGAUCAUAGGACGCUCAUUGUAAGGGGGGUGGAGGAAGGACAACAAAGUCGUCAAAAGGGCCACCAUCUUGCUCGAUCACAAACCCCGAACUCGGCACAUGCGGAGGACCAGAAUUGCCAACACCCUACGGGGAGGCGCCUCUUCUUUUCUUUUUCUCGCCUCUGCUCGAUAGCCGGUCCUGGUCUUUCCAGCAGACAACAGGGCCAACCUGCAGCCCGUCUCUACGUUACUGUCCACAUCUGGUCAUGUGGCGAACUCUGUGUCGGGACAGGAGAGAGCCCAGAGAGGAGAGAGAAGUACAGAGAGUGA